AGGAAAGAUGUAUUCUCGAAAAUGACAAACAUUUUUUAACUACAAAUGGGACAGUCCCCAACUCAAUUAUUUUCACAAUAAAAAAAUUUAAUACCAAUGAAUCCACCUAGCCAAGUAGCCAACACUUUUAUUCAACUAUUAUAUCUCCAAUUGGUUUUUUGGGAACUUGUUCAAGUACUCCAAUGGCUUUGAACUUAAACUUGUUUCACUUCUGUAACUUUGUUUUGGUUGCAUGUUUUACUUGCCCAAUUGUGUGUAUUAGCAGCCAUGAAAGAUCUCAAGCUGCUCUUUUUGUGUUUGGGGAUUCGUUGUUUGAUCCUGGGAAUAAUAAUUACAUCAAUACCACUACUGAGUUCCAAGCAAAUUGGUGGCCCUAUGGCAAAUCUUUCUUCAAGUACCCUACUGGCAGGUUCUCUGAUGGACGUCUCAUCCCUGAUUUUAUCGCUGAAUACGCUAAUUUGCCAUUGAUUCCUUCGUAUUUUGAAAUUGGCAAGCAACAUUUUGUUCAUGGGGUAAACUUUGCAUCAGGCGGUGCUGGUUGUUUGGUCGAAACGCAUCGUGGCUUUGUUAUAGAUCUUAAAACACAGUUGAAAUAUUUCAAAAACGUGGUAAAACUGUUGAAGAAGAAGGUGGGAGCAAGAGAGUCCAAACAGAUCCUCUCCAAUGCAGUAUAUAUAUUUAGCGCUGGCGGUAAUGAUUACUUGGCUCCUUUCUCAUCAACAAAUUCGACUACUCCAUAUCCUGAGAGAGAAUAUCUACAGAUGAUUAUGGGCAAUUUGACAUCUGUUCUGAAGGGAAUUUACAUGGAAGGAGGGAGAAAAUUUGUCAUGCUUAAUAUGGUUCCCGUAGAUCGUCUCCCUAAUAUUCAGGCUCUUAAUCUUCAAAAAGGAGUUAAGGAUGGAGAUUUCAUAAAGAAGAUUACAAGCUUGGUGAAAAUGCAUAAUUCAGGUCUCCCAGAAAUGCUCAAACAACUGGAGAAGCAAUUGCCUGGAUUUAAGUAUACAUUAUUCAACUUGUUCAAAGUAUUUUCAGAAAGCAUUGAUAAUCCAACAAAAUAUGGUUUUAAGACAUCAAAGACGGCUUGUUGUGGGACUGGUCCAUUUCGAGGGAUUGACACUUGUGGAGGCCAGAGGCAAGUAAAAGAGUACAAGUUAUGUAAAAAUGUGAAAGAUAACUUGUUUUUCGACUCUUUUCAUCCCAGUGAGUUGGCCUACAAACAAUAUGCCGAAUUACUGUGGAAUGGAACUCCAGAUGUUGUUGCACCUUACAACCUAAAAUCCUUUUUUGAACUUUCAACAUAACGUGAUGGCGGCAGUGCUGAAACUGUUUUGUUAAUUCAUAAUAAAGGAAAGAAGAAAAAAGAAUGUGAAGAUGCUAAAAGAUCUGGAUCUCUACUCUUUUUUGCUGUUCCUUUUGUGUUCGAUUUCUGAAGAGCAAAUCUUCAGAUUUGAUGAUAUGACUUCAUAUAUCCGUCCUUAUGAUUGAACAAAGUUGAAAAAUUAGUUGGAAUCAUGCAAUUUAUAUUUCAAUUA